AUGUCCACACUUCCACGGAAACUGAGAUUGAAGCCAUUGUGGGGCCCUCUUUGUGUCACGCCUUGCUACAGACAUCUGGACUCUUCUGUUGCCCAAUUUCCAGUCCUAUUCAAGGGGGACAAAGGAGAGAAGGCGUCUGACCGUCCAGAAGUCACUCUCUAUCAUGUUGGGUCCUCGCAGCCUGACAUGGAGACAAUGGAGUGGAGAGAGAAGAAGCAACAACACAGAGGAACAGGUCUGGUCUGCGUUGGAGGAGGGGGAGUGAAUGAAACAGAGCUCGCAACCCCCCCUGGGACCCGUGUGUGUCCGCAGCUCCCCGAGAGGAAGACCCGACCCAGCCCAGGCACCAGAGGCUCCAGGUCCCGAGCACGGUUUGAGGACGGCACGCCACGGAUAGUGGAGGACCCCUCGGAUUUGAUUGUCUCCAAGGGGGAGCCUGCCACCCUCAACUGCAAGGCAGAGGGCCGACCCACUCCCAGUAUUGAGUGGUAUAAAGAUGGUGAGCGCGUGGAGACCGACAAAGAUGACCCCCGCUCUCACCGCAUGCUCCUGCCCAGUGGCUCCCUCUUCUUCCUGCGCAUCGUCCACGGACGACGGAGCAAACCAGACGAAGGCGUCUACACCUGUGUGGCCCGCAACUACCUGGGAGAGGCCAUUAGUCGUAAUGCUUCACUGGAAGUUGCAAUCCUGAGAGAUGAUUUCCGGCAGGCCCCGAGCGAUGUGGUGGUGGCUGCUGGUGAGCCUGCUGUGUUAGAGUGUGUGCCUCCACGUGGACACCCUGAACCCACGGUGUCCUGGAAACGCAACAACGUCCGAGUCAGCACCAAGGAUGAACGCAUCUCUAUGCGUGGGGGCAAACUUAUGAUCUCUCACACCAGAAAGAGCGACGCUGGCAUGUAUGUUUGUGUGGGCACAAAUAUGGUUGGAGAGAGAGACAGCGAUCCCGCGGAGCUGGUGGUGUACGAGCGUCCUGUGCUGGUACGAAGGCCGGUGAACCAAGUGGUCAUGGAGGAAGAGACGGUCGACUUCCUGUGUGAGGUCCAUGGAGAUCCCGCUCCCACUGUGCGAUGGCGCCGAGAAGAAGGAGAGCUUCCCCGCGGGAGGUUUGAAAUUCGCAACGGCAACAGCCUCCGUUUGUUCCGCGUGAAAGAGCAGGAUGAAGGGACGUACACCUGCACAUCUGAGAACAGUGUGGGCAAGACAGAGGCCUCAGCCAUGUUGCAGGUCCACGUUGGCCCGUUCCUUCCACCUCAGAUUGCCUCAAAGCCCCGAGACCAGAUUACCACACAGGGGAGGAGCGUCACUUUCCAAUGCGGCACCACAGGAAACCCUCCACCUGCCAUCUUCUGGCAGAAAGAGGGCAGCCAGAUGUUGUUGUUCCCUGGCCAGCCUCCAUCACAGUCCGGUCGUUACUCUGUCUCCAUGAGCGGAGAGCUGACCAUCACUGACGUCCACCCCGAGGACUCUGGUUUCUACAUCUGCCAGGCCAUCAGUGUAGCAGGAAGUGUGUUGACUAAGGCGCUGCUUGAGGUGGAGGGAGGCCCUUCAGGUCGUGUACCGCCGAUCAUUCGCCAAGGCCCGUCCAAUCAGACCGUGUCUCAGGGUGCUACAGCGCAACUGCACUGCCGUGUAAUUGGAGGGCCCUCAGUCAAGAUUUCAUGGGAGAAGGAUGGAGAGAGACUUCAGGGAAAUAAACCUCGACUGACCUUGAUGGAUAAUGGCACUUUGCAAAUCACAGAUAUAAAGGACUCGGACUCGGGGAUGUACACAUGCAUUGUAUCCAGCGCCACAGGGGAGACGAGCUGGAGUGGGAUGUUGACUGUCAGAGAAGAUGGAGUUCCUCCAGUAUCCAGAGUUUCUGAGUUCAUUCAGCUUCCAGGGCCUCCGCAGAAACCUGUAGUGACGGAGGUGACCAAAAACACCGUCACCCUCACCUGGCAGUCCAACCCACAUGAAGGCGGGGCCGCUGUCACCUCCUACAUUAUCGAAGCUUUCAGCCAGUCAGUGGGCAGCACCUGGCAAACGGUGGCGGACCAUGUGAAGCAGGAGAGGCACACAGUUGUCGAACUCUUCCCCAACACUGUUUAUCUCUUUAUUGUCCGAGCAGUCAACUCUUAUGGCCUCAGUGACCCCAGCCCGAUCUCUGAGCCUGUCAGGACGCAGGAUGGGAGUCCUACAGAACAGGGUGUGGACCACAGACAGGUGCAGAGAGAGUUAGGAGAGGUGUCUGUCUACCUGCAGAAGCCUGUGGUUCUCUCUCCUACCAGUGCCAGGAUUUCUUGGACUGUCGCCCGUCAGUCUCGGUAUGUUCAGGGUUACCGUAUAUUUUACCGGACUAUCGGCAAUUCCUGGUUGGUCCAGGAUGUGGAGGACACGUCUGACCACAGUACCAUCUUAGUAGAUCUGCAUAGCAGUACAGAGUAUGAGGUCAAGAUACGCCCUUACUUCAAUGAGCUACAGGGACAUGACAGCCUAAUGGUUCUGCUGCGUACCCCUGAGGAGGUUUCAAGUGCUCCUCCACAGGCUGUAUCAGUGGUGCAGCUCACCAACAGCUCAAGUAUUAGCGUGUCCUGGGAGCCUCCACCUCAUAAUAUUCAGAGUGGCAUCAUUCGAGAAUACAAGGUCUGGUGUCUGGGCAGCGACGUGGAUCAGGAGAACCAGAUAAACCGAACAGUGGAUGGAGCGGUUCUGUCUAUCCUGCUGACAGGCCUGCUGCCUGAUGUCCACUACUCCGUCAUGGUGGCUGCUGUGACCAGCCUGGGUGUGGGCGCUCAAAGCCCGCCUGUCAGCCUGCUUCUCACUCUCGCACAGGACAAGACUACAACGCCCGUGAAGAAAGGUGGUAAUCUCAGCAUAUCGGAGCAGAUCACAAGUGUCGUCCGCCAGCCGGCCUUCAUCGCAGGACUGGGCGUGGCCGCGUGGUUGGUGCUGAUGGGCUUCAGCGGUUGGCUGUACUGUCGCCACCGCAGGAGGAAGCAGCUGGGACACUAUACCACAUCCUUCGCAUACACUCCAGCAGUUGGCUUCGCUCACAGUGAAGGAUCUGGAAUCAUAAAUGGAGGGCCUGGCUUGUUGGGAUCAAAUAUGGGUAACUACCCCUGGCUGGCCGACUCUUGGCCCACUCCAAACCUCACUCAUAACAGCAAAGACUCAGUCAACUGCUGCUCUGGCAAACUGGACUCAGACAGAUAUUAUAACACAGUUGGUAUCAUCAACUACCCGAACCAGUCAGAGAAACGCAGCACGGCGUCCAACGACAGUCCCAUCUACAGCACCAUCAACACAGUUGCUGAGGACGACCUGCUGGCGUACUACGACACCUACUCCAGCACGUCCUACAACCAGGGUCCAGACCCGUACAGCAGCAACCCAGGGCUCUCAAACAGUGGGCUUGUGGGUCUGGAGCAGGACCUGGACCAGUGGACCAUCCAGUCUGGUCAGUCUGGGUCUGAAUAUGCCAAGCUCCAGUACACCAAGAAAAGCAACGACAAACUGGUAAAGCAGAAGUCCACUGGAUCCUCGUCCAAGUCGCCUCCUCUCACCUGGGUGGAUGUUCUGUCCCUUCCUCUUCCUGCCAAAGACAAGGGUCAUACAAAGGCAGAUAAACGAGAGGAGCAGCACAGCCCCGACAGCACUGAAGUGACAACAGAAAGCACAGAGGUGGUUCUCAUCUUCUGA